GGGGUCUGAUGAUUGGACUGACAGGGUCUCCUCCUCCUCUUCCUCCUCCUCUUCCUCCUCCACACAUGUGCCCGGGCCUAGGCGAUGCGUGGUCGGCGGUGUUCACCUUUGAGCUGAGGGAGUCCCUGCGCACAAACAGAGGAGGAGCAGCAGACUGUCGGAGUGAGUGCUGCAUGAGAACAGAGAGACGUCCUCACCUCCACGCCUCUCCCUCCUCACUGCUCCUCACUGCCCCGCUCUCCUCCUGGCUCCUCCCCGCGCUCAUUAAAUGCCAGCUCUGCUCCUGGGUCAGCUGCAGAAGAAGGCAGUCAUGACUGUGGAGCGUUAAACAGGACCUCUGUCACCACCACCACCACCACCAUCAUCAUCAUCAUCAACAUCCUGGCUGCGAGCUAACAUCUGAGUGUGCUCUCUCCUCUCCGGCUCCCUCAUCCUCCAAGGAACCGACAUGAAAACCAUUCUGGCUGCGUACUCAGGCGUCCUGAAAGGGACCGGCUCCAGUAUCCUCUCUGCCCUGCAGGUCCUGCCAGUGGCCUCCUGGCCCUGCAGAUCCAAGAUGGAAAAACAUCUGCAGGUCCUCUCUGUGCUGCAGUGGGUCAUCAGCUUCCUAGCCAUGGGUGCUGCCUGCACUUUGCUGCUGAUUUACACGUUCUGCACUGAUUGCUGGCUUAUCGCUGCAAUUUACACGGCCUGGCUCAUCUUUGACUGGAACACCCCAAAGCAAGGUGGAAGGAGGUCCUCCUGGGUGAGGAGCUGGACAGUGUGGACAUAUUUCCGAGACUACUUCCCAAUCAGGCUCAUUAAAACCCACAACCUGCUGCCCAGCCGGAACUACAUAUUUGGCUACCACCCCCAUGGCAUCCUGUGUUUUGGGGCUUUCUGCAACUUUGGGACGGAGGCCACCGGCUUCUCCAACAAAUUCCCGGGCAUCAAGCCCUCCCUGGCUACGCUGGCGGGGAAUUUCCGCCUGCCCGUGCUUCGAGACUACCUGAUGUCUGGAGGUAUCUGUCCAGUGAACAGGAACUCCAUCGACUACCUGCUGUCGCAUAACGGGACAGGAAACGCUGUGAUCAUCGUUGUCGGAGGCGCAGCAGAGUCUCUGCACUGUACACCAGGCAUGAACACUGUCACCCUGAAGAACCGUAAAGGCUUUGUGAGGCUGGCCCUGCAGAAAGGGUCUGACCUGGUUCCAGUGUAUUCCUUCGGAGAGAAUGAUGCCUACAAGCAGGUGAUCUUUGAGGAGGGAACCUACUGGAAAUAUCUCCAGAAGAGAUUACAGAAAAUCAUAGGCUUUGCCCCGUGUCUUUUCCAUGGAUGUGGCCUCUUCUUUGGAAACUCCUGGGGCAUCGUGCCUUAUUGCAACCCGAUCACCACCAUCGUUGGGGAGCCAAUCACAGUGCCAAAGAUUGAGGAUCCAACCGAAGAGAUCGUGGAUCUCUACCAUGCGAUGUACAUCAAGUCUCUGCAGUGCCUUUUUGACAAGUACAAGACCCGCUUCGGCCUGAAAGAAAGUGAUGUCCUGUACAUCCAAUAAAAGGAUGGAGUGAGAGGGAGGGGGGUCUCCUGUUGAAGCUCUGAACUUUUGUAUCAUCAGACCCCCUCUGCUCCCUUUCCCUGCACCUCCCAUCCAAUCUUGAUGCUCAGGUUGGAUCAUCUCUGGAAUGCAAACUCUACACAUGAGCAUGUUUGUCACAGAGGCCUUUGCUCUCUGCAUUCUCUCUCACACGCACACACAUAAGCACAAUUUUGUCUCAGGAAAGGUUUGAAGAAUCGUCAUCUGUCCCUGCUGCUGUCACCAGUUUAAACUACCUUAGUUGGUUAAAGUUACACAAAGUGUGCCUUUUUUUUUUUUUCUUUCUGUUUUCUCAGCGAAGGCCUUGUGUUUUCUGGGUGCAGAGGCAGGGAAAUUCCACUAGAUGGAGCUGGAGAAUUUAUAAGAGGUGCCGAUGUGUUGUUUCACUCAUGCAUUCAUAUAAUUUUCCCUAAACUCUUAAAAACCCUGUAACAUGCUAAAUGCACAAGCAAUGCAAAAGGAGGGUACCACUUUAUUUUUGGGACAAUGAGCCCAAAGGUUAAUCGAGCCAAAGACCUAUGUUGACCCCCCCACACAUACAUGUGAAUUUCUACUGUGUGGAGGAACUCUACACGGCAGAUCCAUAUUGUUAAUGCACAAUACACAAGUGCCCAUGAUUUUACAGUGCCAUAUAGUAUUAAUUUUAUUCUAUAGAGAGGGGCAAAGCCUCUUUAAAUGAAUAUUUCUGAUGCACUUUUUGUAUUUGUGAUUACCUUGUGAGGUUUUUGGUCUCAAGACAAGAAGCUAUUGAUAUGAGAAUCAUUUCCAAGAUGGUCAUUGUGCUUGUUGGCUUGAUUUCCCUUUCUUGUCCCACUGGGGUGCAGGUGAGGAUGGGUAGGUGCUGUCUGUAUAUGCUCAGGUGUUGAUGGCAAACUUGGCUUUGGUGAGCUGCCGUUGAAGAAGGUAAAAGAGUUUUGUGGGUGAAAGUGAUUCCCGUGUUGAACACAUCCCUUUGUAAUCAUUCCAUGGGUGAUGACUAAAGAGGAAGGGAUUACACUGGAGAAUGCCUUAUUGCUGGGAGUAAGUUAUAUUUGAGGGUGUCACUUGUACUUGUGUCAAAUACAAUUAUAAGACUAGAGGAUCUAUCCUGGGAAUGUUGGGCAGUAAAUUAUAGGGUUGUCUUUUUGAAGAGCAAUAUCCCCUGUUCUCACCAAUGUGCCUUGUAAAGAGCAGUGUAAUCCUUAUGCUGUAAUUUUGCGAGCAAUAAACAGUGAGACCUGUCUAUGUGAUGAGUGGCAUCAUCUGUCUGCCGAUAUUUAAAUUAAACUUUUUUAUGUUUUCAGAAGGA